UCAUUCUGAUUACCUGAUAACAGUUUCACUUUAGUUUCAGCUGUAUCCAAAAGAAUGUAUCUUGUGCUUGUUUUGCCUCUGCUCAUGCUUUCCUUCGGGGAGUGUGCAAGUGUCAAUGAUACACAAAGCAGAAUUAUCGGGCCGUUUCCCAGUUUGAUCUCUGUGAUGAACGGACAGAUCUGGGGAACAUGGGGAACUUCAGAGACGUGUCCUACAGGCACCUAUGCUACAGGCUUUAGCCUCAGGGUUGAGUCAUAUCAGAGAAUUGGAGAUGACACAGCCCUAAAUGGAAUUGCUCUUCACUGCUCUAAACCCAUUGGCUCCACUGGUAUUGUUGUGGGCUUCACAACUAUCAGAUCUGCUGUAGGAAGCUGGGGGUCUUGGUCAUCGCCUACUUGGUGCCCCAGGGGAGUACUGAAAGCUUUCCAGCUGCGAGUAGAGGGUAAACAGAGAUUGAAAGAUGAUACUGCAGCUAACAACAUAAGGUUCAAAUGCUCCACAGACUAUGUGUUGGAAGGUAGUGGUAUGAGUUGGGGUAGCUGGGGUUCCUGGAGCUCGCCUUGUGGUGGAACUGGGAUUUGUGGCAUCCGAACAAAAGUGGAAUCGCCUCAGGGCAUAAGGGAUGACACCAGUCUUAAUGAUGUCAUCUUCAGUUGCUGCAACUAAGCAUGAACUGACAGGACAAGAACAUGAAUGAGGACAACUACAUUUAACAAAAAUCAAAAUCUCUUUAUUUCUCAUGAAAUCAUAUAUGAGUGAAUUAU